AUGCCCCGUCUCGCCCCAGCACUCCUCCGCGCCGUCCUCCGUCCUCCACCCCUGCCAGUCAGACACGCAGCGGGCAUCCUCGCAAGGCUCACACCCCGCCAAGCAGCGCCCCAACUCCCCGCUCUCUUCCGCAUACCACGCGUCGUCGCGCCAACACCAAGCCCACUCUACCAGCUCGCAGUCCGCUUCGCCGCCCGUGGAACAGAAUACCAGCCCUCUCAGCGAAAACGCAAGCGCAAGCACGGCUUCCUAGCUCGGAAACGCACUGUCGGCGGUCGUAGAAUCCUCAGUCGCCGUAUGGCAAAAGGCAGAAAAUAUCUUUCACAUGUCUACUACAACAUCCCCGACACCAAUAAAUAA